CGUGGUUGAGACUUAAAAUGUUUCAUGAGUGCCAGAGUAAAUCUGGAAUAAUUUCAUUUCACCGUUGCCAAAAGUAGCCACAUAUCCACCGUGAGACGUAAAAUAUCUUCAUUUGAAGCGUCUUCCCAUUUGUGACUGACCAUUGUGGCUCUGUGUUUUACAACAAUGACCUCAAUCCCACGUCCUCCGCACGCAGUAGUCGCGCCUUUUCCUGCUAAAAGCCAUGUGAAUCUUCUCAUGCAGUUUGCAAAACUCUUGGCUGCCAGAGGAUUCUUCGUAACUUUCAUCGUCACAGACUGGAUUGAGCAGAAGAUAUUCGAAAAGCCCAACGAUUCCGCCGCCCUUUCACGUCAGUUGCAGCAGCAAGGCCUGCAGAUUCGCUUUCUGGCUAUUCCGGAUGACCACCCUCCCGACCAUCGACGAAUACAAGCGAUUGACGAGUAUUUUCUAGCCGCACAAAAGUUAGGCCCCGCCAUGGUUCGGCUCCUGCAGAGCGCAGCCAAUGAAGCCCCGCCAGUCACUUGUAUUGUUAGUGAUUGCUUCAUGUCUUGCACCCACCAAGUAGCCACAUCGCUGGCUCUGCCUCGCGUCCUUUUCUGGACUUACUGCACCUCUGCUGCCAUUGCACUCUCAAGUUCUCGGACGCUUAUGAAGAAGGGAUAUAUUCCAAUAAAUGUGAAAGAGGCACGGCGGCCAGAAAACCUUAUCACUUGUCUUCCCGGUAAAAUUCCCCCUUUGAGGCCAACGGACCUUCACACCGUCUUCCGAAUUCAAGAUAUGGCCAAUUCAUUGUUUCAAGUGAUGAUGUACGAAUCCGAGAUUCAGAACAAGGUGGACUAUGUGCUUAUCAAUGUGUUUGAAGAGCUGGAAGGACCUGAGGCUGCAGAGGGGCUAUCCAAAGGCUACCCUGCUCUGCCCAUCGGCCCUGUCUUCCUUCCCGAGUUCCUCCAAGCCACAAAAUCCUCUAUAAGUUUUGGUACCAGGCUGUGGGAAGAGGACCUGGAUUGCCUUGAAUGGCUUCAGACUAAACCACCCUCCUCUGUUCUGUACGUCUCUUUUGGGAGCAUCUUUGAGAUGUCGAUGGUGCAGUUGCAACAACUGGCUCUAGGGCUUGAGGCCAGCCAACAGCCUUUUCUGUGGGUAUUACGGCCUGGCAUAGCGGAGGGAAAGGCCGCGGUCUUGCCCGAGGGAUUCACGGAACGAAUUGGGGACCGCGGAAGGAUUGUGCAGUGGGCGCCUCAGGUGAAGGUUCUUUCCCAUCCCUCUGUUGGUGGAUUCUUCACCCACAACGGAUGGAACUCCACCUUAGAAAGUAUAAGCAUGGGAGUACCUAUGAUUGGAUGGCCUCUCGGGGCAGAACAGUUUCUUAACUGCAGAUUUUGCAAAGAGAUAUGGAAGAUUGGCAUGGAUUUUGAGUCUCGAGUUGAAGUAAAUGAUAUUGUACUCUGGGAGGAGGUGGAGAUGGUAGUUCGAGCGAUGAUGGAAGGCGCCCAAGGAAAGGAAUUAAGAAAGAAUGCAGCAAGGUUGAAAGAGGCUGCUACCAAGGCAGUGAUGGCAGGGGGUUCAUCUUAUCGAAAUUUGGAUAAAUUUACCAGGGACAUGACUGCAAGAGCCAAUUCCGAGAGUGUAUAAAUCAAAGGAUUUUAUGGUUUUGAUGUCGAAUCCUACGUGCUAUUAUUUGUAAUGAUGCUGUCAUCUUCUAUAUAUAGGUUCAUUCACUAUCUUUGUGGACGCUGGUGUACGUGCAGUGUUGUUUGUUGUAAAUCAGGACUAGAAUCCUAUAGCUUAGGAUUUCUGCGACUAUAAUAUAUGCAUUUAGGCAUUGUACCUUUCUAUUUAGUUCAGGAAGAUCAAGGAAUCAUAGUUACAUAACAUACCAAAAAAUAUUUAGUUAA